AUGGAAAAAUCAUGCCAUGGUGCCAAUUGUGCAAAGAAACCAGCUGGGGUGGCUAGGAAAGAGGACAUACCUUUCAUAAAAUGUCAAGUCUGUGAAAAGUUCGCGUCGCACCUAUAUCACCAAGUCCAAGCUAAACAAACUGAGAUCUCGCCCAAAAAUGUAAUUUUAUUUUCUGGGUUCAUUAUUGAAUUCUUCAAUGACUGGGGCCACUUAUAUUUUGUUGAAGAAAGUAAUUUUAUUAUCUUGGUUCAUUUACAUACUAUUGUGCCUUUGAGUUGUGGCACUGUUUCAUCUGUGUUUUGCCAUGCAUGUACGAAUAUUUUUGAAUUUGUACUUGAUUUGGUGGCCAAAUAUCUUGUAACUCAAUGGAUUCUGGCUGAUGUCAAACCGGCAAAUUUGCCCACUGCUUCAAUUCUCCCGUAUCAAGGAGAUAGGACUCCUAGAGAACCUUUUAUUGCCAAGUCCUCAAAAGAGGCUGAAAUGGAUAAACUAUUAAAAUCCAUGGAGGGUAUGCCAGGAGCACCCAGCAUGAAAAUGUACUCGAGGGAAGACUUGAUGAACAUGAAAAACAUGGGCGAUGAAGAUGCAGAAGACGAAGAUGAAGACGAGGAACCAGACUUCCCCUCAAAAUUGGGGAAAGUCUUAGGAGAAAAGGAUGGUAAGAAUUAUGAUUGGAAGCAAAGGAUCAUCAAUGGUCCAAAGGAGUCGCGGAUGCAGGCGAGAAACUAAAAAAUCACGCUAACAGAGUUACAAAUCGGAUAAGACAGUGGUGAAGAGGCAAGAAAACAAUCUUGCAGAACAAGAGUUUGAAGUCAAGUAAAACCGAGCUCUAGGCGGGGAAAGUCUUAGGAGAAAAGGAUGGUAAGAAUUAUGAUUGGAAGCAAAGGAUCAUCAAAGGUCCAAAGGAGUCGCGGAUGCAGGCGAGAAACUAAAAAAUCACGCUAACAGAGUUACAAAUCGGCUAAGACAGUGGUGAAGAGGCAAGAAAACAAUCUUGCAGAACAAGAGUUUGAAGUCAAGUAAAACCGAGCUCUAGGCGGGGAAAGUCUUAGGAGAAAAGGAUGGUAAGAAAUAUGAUUGGAAGCAAAGGAUCAUCAAAGGUCCAAAGGAGUCGCGGAUGCAGGCGAGAAACUAAAAAAUCACGCUAACAGAGUUACAAAUCGGCUAAGACAGUGGUGAAGAGGCAAGAAAACAAUCUUGCAGAACAAGCGUUUGAAGUCAAGUAAAACCGAGCUCUAGGCCCAAGAUUCGUAUAAGCAAACAGCAGUUCUUUCUCUUCUUCAUUUUCACUCAAAUUUUUCUUUGUAUACUUUUUGUAUUUCCAAGCAUAAUCGGAUGAAGCUGUCAGCAGCGUCAUUUGAUUAGAUUUUCAUACUAAAAUACUUGUAGCAUGAUUGUACCGGAGAUUGCAAGAAGCAGAUACAUUUAUCGACUUUGGCCCGGGAAAAUCGAGUUUCACUCAAAUUUUUCUUUGCAUACUUUUUGUAUUUCCAAGCAUAAUCGGAUGAAGCUGUCAGCAGCGUCAUUUGAUUAGAUUUUCAUACUAAAAUACUUGUAGCAUGAUUGUACCGGAGAUUGCAAGAAGCAGAUACAUUUAUCGACUUUGGCCCGGGAAAAUCGAGUUUCAAAUCGAUGUGCUAGUGAGAGACUGUGUCGAAGACAAAAGUUUUAUAAUCAUUUUUCCUAUUUUCAUAGCUUAUGAACGAAGACUUGUGUCCUCCAACUUUGUGUUCGAGAGUGCCUGUAGAAAAGCCUUGUGAUCAAUUUAUGUGGUGGUGACUUCCCUGUAAUAGAUGGUGACACUAACUCACUUAAUAGAACCUACUAUAUAUUGUCUCGUA